AUGGAUGAACAAAGCAUCGCUGAAGAGAUGAAACAACCACUUCUACUAACAGUGACAGAAACCGAAGAAGUUCCGGAGCUCCGGUCGAUAUCAUAUAACGACCAAGGAUCCGAAUCAGCUAACAAAAUCUCACGUUGGUCAUUUCUCUUCAAACUCUUUCUCGCCAUCACGACCAUCGGUUUUUUCACGGCAUGUCUCUCAUUUAUCAUAUCGAUCACUCCAACUCCACCAACCGUUCACGUAAACUCUUUGCACAUAUCAUUCAACGACCGCCAUCUCCCGAUUUGGUCAUCAACGUUCUCUAUCAAAAAUCCUAACGAGAAACUCAGUGUCACGUACGAGAAUCCCUCGGUGUGGGUGUUUCACCGGAAAAGACUCGUCCUCGGGACUGUAAGAAUCCAGUCGUUCGGGCAGAGAGGCAUGGAGGAGAGUGAGUUGGUCGUGAAGGGAGAUGAAAGCGGAGUUAUCGAUGAAGAGGCGGCUCGGGAGAUGGAGGAGGAAGUGGAGGUGACGGGAAGCGUGGUGGGUCUUGAUAUGGUGUUUAUAGGGAGUGUAGGGUUUUAUCCAGGUACUUCUGCUUUAUGGGGAGAACAGAACAUGACGGCUGUUUGUAAGAAUGUGAGAGCUAACUUGUCUACUGAUGCUAACAAAGUCUAUAGGACAAAGAAAUGGGCUUUGUCAUCGUUUGAUGGUCGAGGAGAUUGUUGUGUACGUCUCCCUAGGUUUCCUUAG